GGCCGUGUGACGCCGGUAAACCGCGGUAAACGACAGGCGUGCAUCGGACUCGCUGAUCUGUUGUUGCGUGCCGUCUACUUCCCUUCCAACAACGCCACGAUGCCCGAAUCCGACGUGGAGAAAUUCGACGGCAUGCUGCUCGCCUUGGCGCAGCAGCACGAAGGUGGUGUGCAACAUCUUUUGGAAACCUUCUUCAGCUUUCUCGCCAGAAAAACGGACUUCUACACCGGUGGCGGGCCGGGCUCCGCCAAAAAGCUGAUACUCGAGAAGUUUUCCAAGUACGAGUCUAUGGCACUGGCAGAGAAGGCGGAGAAAGACAAGAAGUCCAAAGAAGCCGAGGAAAAACGAAAGGCGAAAUUCAAAAAGGACAAAGAAGAGUGCGUUGUUGAAGAAAUUACAGACGCCGAGGCUGAAGCUCUUCAGAAAGAGUUAGACAAGGAAAAGGAAGAGAAAGCAAAGAGGGCUGCCGAGGCAAAGAAGGAAGCCAAAGAAGAGAAAAAGGCGGAUGAGGAUGAGGAAGAAGACGAAAAUGACAAGGGGAAGCUCAAGCCCAACGCUGGCAAUGGCUGUGACUUGGAGAAUUACAAGUGGACCCAGACCCUCUCGGAGAUUGAGCUUAGAGUUCCCAUACCAAGGAAUCUGAAGAUCAGGGCACGAGAUGUCGUCGUCGACUUCGAGAAAAAGCACCUGAAAGUUGGUCUCAAGGGCUCUCCACUGAUCAUCAAUGGUGACCUGUUCAACGAGAUCAAGCUGGAAGAGUCUUGCUGGAUCCUCGAGGAUUCCAAGACCAUCCUAGUUACAAUGGAAAAAGUAAACAAGAUGGAAUGGUGGACGCGUCUCGUGACGACAGACCCAGAAAUCAACACUAGGAAAGUGAACCCCGAGCCAUCCAAGCUCUCGGACCUUGAUGGAGAAACACGGGGCAUGGUGGAGAAAAUGAUGUACGACCAGAGGCAGCGCGAAAUGGGUCUGCCAACCUCAGAUGAUCAAAAGAAACAGGAUGUUCUUAAGAAGUUCAUGGAACAACAUCCUGAGAUGGACUUCUCUAACUGCAAGUUUACGUGAUCACUGCUGCAAUCAUUCCUGAAUAGCGUUAUUUCUGUGUAAUAAAUGAACAUGUCUAUCUUCGA